UGUAUGUAAAUUAGGUGAUUCCAGCGAGGCUUUUUGAUUGGAUAGAUGGCCAUUAGCAGGUAUAUAAAUAGGCCUGGUCGCAGCCCUGAGGUUUGAUUCUUUGAUACCAACUUGCUAAUUAUGUCUGGCCGUGGAAAGCAGAGUGGCAAGGCUCGAGCUAAAGCUAGGACUCGCUCAUCCAGAGCCGGUCUGCAGUUCCCCGUGGGUCGAGUCCAUCGUCUACUCCGUAAAGGCAACUACGCCGACAGGGUGGGUGCCGGUGCGCCCGUGUACCUGGCUGCCGUGCUCGAGUACCUGACGGCUGAGAUCCUGGAGCUGGCGGGCAACGCGGCGCGCGACAACAAGAAGACGCGCAUCAUCCCGCGCCACCUGCAGCUGGCCAUCCGCAACGACGAGGAGCUCAACAAGCUGCUGGGUGGCGUGACCAUCGCGCAGGGCGGCGUCCUGCCCAACAUCCAGGCCGUGCUGCUGCCCAAGAAGACCGAGAGCCACCGCCACAAAGUCCAGAGCGUCUAAUGUCGCCUAGCACGGAAUCUUAACGGCACACUCUUCAGGAAAACGGAAUACCCAAAGGCUCUUUUCAGAGCCACUCAGGAUUUCAGAGAAGACUGUGCCUAGACUGGGAUGACAAGUGUCGUUCUCCAGGAAAAGCUG